AUGGAAAGUCAGUGUUACCCUGAUGGCUGCCAGGUCAUUCCACUUUGGAAGUUUGUGACCAUGUGGUCACCGCGAAACGAUGUGGAGGAGGAGGAGAACGUAAUCCUGAUCAGUGAUGAGGAGGAGGAGGAGCAGGUGCAAUGCCCAGAGGAUGAGGAGGAGGAGGGGGAGGUGCAAUGCCCAGAGGAUGAUGAUGGUGAUGAGGAGGAGGAGGUGCAGUGCCCAGAGGAUGAUGAUGACGACGAUGACGGGGAGAGCACCCAAGGGAGCUCUGUCGUGUUUGUAGAGCCACAAGAGAAAUCCCCCCUGGAAGAGAAGAGAUCAGAGGAGGUGGUGGAUGAGGAUUUGGUGGUUACCUACUGUAAGCAAGCCAACGUGAUGCCUCACGCCAGACACGACUGCACCACGCACCCCUUCGAGAGAACAGAGAGUGAUAUUUGCUUCCCCCUUGGGAAAAACGCAGAUAUUUGUGACCAGUGCUACUGCUACAUCUGUGACAAGGUGGCUGCCGAGUGCCAGCUCUGGACAGUCCCUUCCCUGUGCCACUGCAAUGCCCACAACAAAAGCAACUUCUGGAAGACACAGAGGAGCUUUGCCCUGGCUGGAGUCUUGGCCUCCUUCAACCUGGAGCUGCUGGAGCUGGACACGGAGCUGCGGCACGGGGGCGAUCUCUUAGAAAAAUUCAUCAAGGAUCUUGCUGUGGCCUAUAACAAAUACCUGGGAGGAGAAAGGGUGUGUCCCCCCGGCCACGAAUGCUGCUGUGAACAAAAGUUGCCCCCUGGGCAGUGCAAUGCCUGCAGCUCACAGCACAUGGAGGUGGUGUACAAGUAUUCUGAUAUUUUCGAGCUGGUAACAAGAUUUUUAAAUCAGGCAGAGCAGGAAAGCCCCAAAGCUGCUGCUGUCAUGCUGCUGGGAGCAGCGAAACAGAUUGCCCUGCACAAAGACCCGGCUCUGCUUAGGAGCUGUCAGAACCUUGGCCACACUGCUUCCCUGAGGAUUGCUGUCCCAUUUCUGUUCCAAAGGAUCACAACCCGACUCCAGAGGAUGCUGGUGUUGUGUGACUUCCCAAAAUUUCUGUAUGGGAAGUUUAUUGAGUUUUUUCAGUCCAUCCCCCUGCCCUGUCACUGCUAUUCCUUCUCAAACAGCUUGAAUGUUUUGCCCUGGAGCCACGUGCUGCUGACCACGGUUUUAAAAGGCCAGAACAUCACUGGGCAGAGGAGACAGAAAGGAAGGAAAAUGCUCCUGUGGGAAGCAUUCCCUGUUGUGGAGGCUCGAGUGGAGAAACUGCUGGAGAAAAAGAAGUAUAAGGAAGUUGUUCGGUACCUGAGAGCUGUGAAAUGCAAUGAAAACCGAAGGCUGCGGGACCUGCGGGACCUGAUCCCGUUCUACCUGUGCAAGAUCGGCCAUUUCCUGGACGCGGCGCAGGCGCUGCUGCUGCCCGUGAACAGCCUGGCCUGCUGCUCCGCCUGCAGGGUCACGCCCUGCCAGUUCAACAUCUACCUCAAGAUCUUCAGGACAGGCUGCGUCCCCUCGGGGAAUGACAUGCUGGAGACAGGGCCCUGGGUUUCAGCUGGCUCUCCCCUGAGGAACAAUGUGCUAAUUAAGCAGGCACUCAAACUGCUCUACAGCAGCGAGGCACUCUACAGGAACGUCAAAUGUUGGAGUUCCUUCAUCAUGGUCCUGGGGAGCAGCGAUUUGCCGGAAAAGAGAGGAGAGCUGCUCCCCUUAUCCCUGGAGGAGCCCCCCCUGGGCUUCCAAGAGAAUGUGCUGGCCACCAGUGGCAACUUUCUGGAGGAUCUCAAGUCUGGAGUUAAUGUCUCUUUACCAUCUGCUGUUUUCACUGGUCAGCUGCACCACGAGGCUUCUCUCGUCCUGGCAGUGCAAGCAGUGCAGCAGAUGCUUUGUUGUGACCUUCCCCACUUGAACUCCUUCUUAGAGAUAGUCCUGGCUUUUGGGAAAAACUUCUGGGCUCUGAGGCUGUUGCUGGACCAGCUCUUGUGUGAGGAGCACAUCCUGUGUGGCACUGCCAACCUGCUCCUGAGGGAUCUGAGGCGGGACAAGGCCACGGUGCUGAGCGUGUGGCAGAACCUUGGCCCCCAGUACGUGGGGGAGUUCCUGUGCCUCUUCCUGACCUGCAGGCACAAGGGGAUGCAGUCAGUGGGGCUCUUCAGCCUCAGCACGAUCAUCGAGAGCCUGCACGUAUGUCCCUGGGCAAAGCAGCUCUGCUCCUUUUUCCAGGAGUCCGGGUUGAGGCAGCUCCCCUUUGGCACCACAGUUUACCACGAAGUUUCCAAGUUUGUCAGUGCUUUUGAGAAGCUCUAAUUUGGACCAAAUCCUCGGGAAUAUUUUCCAGUUGGUUUUUCAUCCGAGCAAGCUCUUCCUGAAGAGUUCCUUGGGUUUGCUUUGGUUGUUACCUCCAGGAACAGUCAGCCAAGGACUGACUUUCCUGGCUCUGAGGGGGAACAGAGCCACGUUUUGGGAGUUUCUUGCAUUCCACAUAUUAAGGAGUUGUUGGAAGAGGCAGCAGCAGGUUGGAAUUGUUUCCAGAAGCUGAUAAAAUCAGGGAAACAUGGAUGGAGCUGGAAGCAGCAAAGAAUUUUCCUCCUGUUGGGUCACAAACCUUGCAAGAGGCGACUGCUGAGAGGGAAAAGCUCAAACCAGGAAAAAGGGGAGUUGAAAACUCCCUCUGCAGCAGUUGGUGUUCAAGUGCUGUUUGCACAGCUCUGAUUUUAGGUUUCAUUCUAAACCAAGAGAAAAAUGAGCUUUAUUUUCUUCAAACGACCCCAGUGUGGGGCAGUGAGGAGCUGAAUUUAUUUGGAAAUAAUCCAGAUUUCAGGCUGGCCUUUUAUUUUCUGUUGAAAAUAACGUUUAGAUUGCUGCUGGUGCUUCUGUGCAUUUCCCAAAUCUUAAUUCUGGGGAGAAUUUGGAGUUCACUCCAACCUGGGGAGGUGAAAACUCUUUGGAGCCUGGUCUGGGCUCUGCCCCACUGGGAUCCUCUCUGCACUCCUGGGCAGGCAGGAAAAUAAACCUUAAUAUGUGACCAACCUGACCAAUGUGUGCACAGUUCCAGGGGCUGCGGGGUUCUGCAGCUCUGGUAUCCUACAAAAAAUAUCCUAUGAAAUUGCCAUCCUACCUGGAUGGAAAUGUGACACCUUGUUAAUUAAAACUGUCCAAGUUUCAUUAUUA